AUGAAUGUUAGCAAGAAUUUGAAUCCCCAAGUGUUCGCUGAUCCAGCUCUUCAACCGGAUACCAACUAUACCUUGUUCGCUUUCGUUGCCUCGAGUCUUUACGACGUUAAAGACGAAGUUGAGGAAGGCGACUUCGUAGUGUCACCAAAAGGGACAAAAGUGGUCAGGACAAUGCCGUUAAGCACUACUUGGUCUUCCGGCACUGCUGUUGGAGCUGUGGGUACUGGUAUUGCUGUUUUCUUCUCCCUCAUCUGUAUUUUACUCCUGGCUCUCUUUGUCUGGUGGCGGUAUUUGGGGCACCAGUCGGUACUUUGGCAAAAGUCGAAACAGUACUCACUUAACAUGCGUCCAGGACGUCUCAGUGAAACCAUCACUCCGUCCUCCGUGGAGGACUGCAUGUCAGCAAUGCCAAAUUCCUACAGGUCUUGGAGUUUUCCUUUGAAUCUGCGUGAUCCUCGCUUCCUUGUUAUUGAUCCGGAGCGUGGCCCAGACAACACUCUAUUGGGAACCAAGGAUCUUCGAGAAAUUGCUGAAACGUUUUAUCGAGAAUACAAGAGGUUAGUAAAUGAGUUUAGAUAG